ACAGCUCCAUAUCAUAUUAUAUUCAAUCAUCAAGCACAGUGCCACAGUACUCAGUCGAUCACUGUACAGUAUACACACGGACGAACAGAYCACGAACUUCUAAAAUGCAGGUAACGUUAGUCCUCUCAUCGUUGCUGUUGGCCGUUGCGGUCAACGCCUACCCCGCACAAAGUCCUGAAUCUAAGGCUGCCAUCCUGCAYCAAGAACAAGAAGUCAACUUUGACGGAAACUUCAAGAACAAAUUCGACACCGAGAACGGCAUCAAACAAGAAGAAGUCGGUUACGCUAAGGCCGGUCCCGAGGGCCCCGUCUCAGUUGUCCAGGGUGCAAGUUCCUACGUGGCCCCGGACGGUUCGGCCAUUUCACUCAGUUACACCGCUGACGAGUUCGGUUACCAUCCAUAUGGCUCCCAUCUGCCCACUUCACCACCAAUUCCAGCAGAGAUCCAAGAAUCUCUCAAAUUAUUGGCUUCUCUGCCCAGCACACCCGAACCUCAAUACCAGUAAACCGCCUCCUAAGAACAGUUCCGCUCUUUUCAUCCUAUAUUAAUGUCAUAUAAACUUUUUAAAUUAUAUUAUCAAUCUUCGUCUYACCUUUUCAAUGUUAUAAGUCACCCUGAUCGGAUCGUCAUCGUAUAUURUGCACUGUACCCACACCAUUYGUUGUACAUUUAUUACUAGUAUGUAUUAUAUUGUUAUGUAUAAUUAUAUAAUAUUACUACAAAUUUACUAUCGUAUCUUUGCAGAUAUGAACGUAUAUAAUAYAUAAUGUGUUUUUAAAAACUAA